AUGUCCAGCCCAGCUAAAAAGCGCAAGCACAAUGGUAAUGAAUCAUCGCCGCAAAAAUCGCGCGGUAUCGAGUCAUUCUUUAAAGGGCAGACUAAACAACCCGUGAAAGUCGAGCCCGACGUCACUGAGCAGACCCUCUCGGAUGAAGCUUUGGCGCGCAAGCUCCAGGCUGAAUGGAAUGAUGAUAAUAAUGAUCAACCCUCUACUUCAAGUGAUACUCAACCUACGACAAUAGAAUUCGAAUCAACUACAGCUCCGCCAAUCCCGUUAAUACCUGCAGAUACAACACCGGGGACUUCAACGGCGGCCAAAAAGAACACACUAUCGUUGCAAUCAUCCUCAGGUACAGAGGACACAGUUUCUCUUACCGUACCCUUUGAUCAAAGCCCGCAAACAUUUGACGCAGGCAAAUAUGCAGCGGAGUUGCGACCGCACUGGGCCUCCGAGGGCGGCGAUGCUACCUACGCUCUGCUAACAAGGGCUUUUGUCCUAGCAAAUUCAACCACAAGCCGAAUCAAAAUUGUCGAUACUCUCGUCAACUUCCUCCGAGUCCUAAUCGAAGGCGAUCCAGAGAGUCUCCUUCCGGCUGUCUGGCUAGCAACCAACUCUAUCUCGCCACCAUACGAUGAGCUGGAGCUAGGAUUGGGCGGUUCAUCCAUCUCCAAGGCUCUGAAGAAAAUAUAUGGCCUGGACAAUCAAGGCCUCAAAACGCUUUACGAUCGACAUGGAGAUGCGGGAGAUGUUGCUUUCGAAGCUAAGAAACGCCAAAGCUUCACAUUGGUCAAGCCGAAACCUCUGAAGAUCAAAGGUGUAUACCAAUCACUCCUCAAAAUCGCCAAGAGCAAAGGGUCCGGAAGCCAGGAGACAAAGCAGCGAGUUGUUGAGAAGCUCUUGCAAGAUACGCGUGGGGCCGAGGAGAGUCGAUAUAUUGUCCGCACUUUGGCACAAAACCUCCGAAUUGGCGCGGUGAAAACUACCAUGCUCAUCGCUCUUGCGCGAGCAUUCCUCUACUCAAAGCCUGCUGGGGCAGAGUUCACCGUUCUCCCACAGCAUGAAAUCGCGCGGCUGAAGAAGGACGAACUCUCCGAGCUGUACACUAACGCAGAAGAAAUCGUCAAGGCUUCCUACGCUAGACACCCAAAUUACAAUGAUCUCGUCUCGUGUCUUUGCGAAAUCGGCGUGAGUGAGGAACUGCUUCUCCGGUGCGGCCUGGUGCUACACAUUCCACUCCGACCAAUGCUAGGAAGCAUCACGCGCGAUCUUUCGGACAUGUUGACAAAACUGCAAGGACGAGACUUUAGCUGUGAAUACAAAUACGAUGGACAGCGAGCUCAAGUGCACUGCGACGAGAACGGCAAAGUAUCCAUCUUUUCUCGUCACUUGGAGCUCAUGACAGAAAAGUACCCUGAUCUGGUAUCGCUUGUCCCCCAAAUCCGGGGUGAGGGUGUCUCGAGCUUUAUUCUGGAGGGCGAGGUAGUCGCCGUGGACCAACAAAAUGGCGACUUGCAGCCAUUCCAAACUCUCACCAACCGAGCAAAGAAGAACGUUGACAUCGGAGCCAUUACCGUUAAUGUCUGUCUAUUCUCAUUCGACCUAAUGUAUCUCAACGGCUCGCCGCUUCUAGAUCGCCCGUUCCGUGAACGCCGCGAACUACUUCGGAGUCUAUUCGUCGAAAUCCCUAGACGAUUCACCUGGGUAAAAAGCCUCGAUGCAACAUCCGCAGAUUCAGAAACUGUACUUGAAUUUUUCAAAAGUGCCACAGACGCCAAAUGCGAGGGAAUAAUGGUCAAACUCCUCGACAAUGCAAUAAACCCUACCAAACAACCCAUCGAAAUCAACACCGAAGAAACCCCUUCAAUAGAACGGGAACCCACCACCAAUCCCCAAGAAAAGCAAAAACCCAACAGCCGCCGCAAAGCCCUCCUAUCAACCUACGAACCCGACAAACGCCUCGAAUCCUGGCUCAAAGUCAAGAAAGACUACAGCACAUCAUCCGAAACCCUAGAUUUAAUCCCAAUAGCCGGCUGGCACGGCCAAGGCCGCAAAGCAAAAUGGUGGUCCCCGAUCCUCCUAGCAGUCCGCAACCCCGAAUCCGGCGCACUCGAAGCCGUAACAAAAUGCAUGUCCGGAUUCACGGAUAAAUUCUACGCAGCCAAUAAAGAGAAAUACAGUCCCGGGAGUGCAAAUGUUAUCUCGAGACCUGCGUAUGUGGAAUACUUCGGUACGCCGGAUGUAUGGUUUGAGCCACAGGAGGUGUGGGAGAUGGCUUUUGCAGAUAUUACGCUUAGUCCGACCUAUCCGGCUGCUAUUGGACUUGUGAGCGAGGAACGGGGCUUGAGUUUGAGGUUUCCGAGGUUCUUGAAGGUCCGGGAGGAUAAGGGAAUUGAUGAGGCUAGUUCUUCGGAUUAUUUGGCGCUUUUGUGGAGAAAGCAAGGGGAGAGGGCGAUUGAGGCGGGGGCAAAGGAUGGGGCAGAUGAUGUGGGUUGGGCAGAGGAAUGA